AUGCCGGAGUCAUGGCACACAGCCAUCGUGGCCUCCAUUCUGAGGGCCAGAAAGCCGGCUGGAAACCCGAGUUCCUACCGGCCGGUCUCCCUCUCCUCCGCCGUUUGCACGGUGAUGGAGGCCAUUGCUCUGGUCCGACUGGACUGGGUGGCCCGUGCCCAUGUCUUCCUCGCCGACGAGCAGACGGGGUUCCGGUGGCGCCGAUGCACCACGGUCUGCGUCGCGGACAUGGUCUCCACGCUGGAGGAGGCCAAGGCCUUCAAUGACGCCGUGCUCCUGGUGCUUAUCGGCAUCAAGGGGGCCUUCGACGGCCUGCCCCAUCCGAUCGUUCAGCAGGCGCUGGACCUCCUUGGCAUCAACGGGAACCUGCGGCGGUUCAUCUCGUCGUUCUUGGAUGGGCCGAUCGAUUGGGCCGAUCGAGGAACUCCCCUCGUGGUGAGCCUUUUCCUGUUCAACCUGGCCCUGGCCCGGCUGCCUGCUGCCCUGUCGAUCGACCCCCACUACCCCGUCAAUGCCUCCACCUACGCGGACGACAUCGCCCUGUGGGUGCAAAGUCUACCAAAGACCCACCGCAGCGCGCGCUCGGCCCUGCAAAGAGCCCUCGACCCCGUCGCUGCUUACCUGAGCAACAUUGGCCUUGCUCUCUCGGCAAGUAAGACGGAUGCCAUGCUGCUCCACCCAAGAGCAGCCGCCCGCCGCACAGCUGUCCGGUUGCACCUGGAAGGCGCCCAGUUACUCUGGAGCACGGCAGUGACGUACAUGGGGCUGCACAUUGAUCACCGGCUGUCCUGGCUGCCUGCUGUCAAGACCCUGCAUGUCCAGGUCCUCCGGGUCCGCAAGGCAGUCUCCCAGCUUCUUGCCCGAGGACAGGGCUGCACCACUGGGUGGGCUCUGCGGCUAUACGAUGCAGCAGCCACCUCACGCCUGCGGUACGCCCUCCCACUCGUGGCACUACCGCCGGCCCGUUUCAAGAAGCUGGAGCUGCAGCAUCGGGCCGCGAUUAGGCUCUGCCUGGGCGCUCCUCGCAGCUCCCAAGUCGCUGCAACCUUGGCCGAGGCAGGAGCAUGGCCCCUGUCACUCCUCCUUCUGCAACAGGGGCUACGCCAUGUUGACCGCCUCCACCAUGUCCCAGACGGUAGUGCCCUGCAGUCCCGACUGCGCUCACGGCCCCAUUCACAGAUGGGCAGACUCUGUGAGCUGUACGAGGAGGUGAUUGGGAGGCCUCCAGCGAACAAUGCACAGCUGCCUCCUCCCCAGAGACCACCCAUACCCAUCACCACAGAGUUGCCCGGCGUUUCCAAACGGCGCUCCCCGACUUGUGCCCUUCAGCAAGACGGCUGCCCCCCUCCUGCAUGA